AUGGCUGUCAUGCAGGCGUUGUACACUGAUGAUGGACCUGACCAGAAUGCUGUGGAGGCUGAACCAGAAAUGAGCCCUGAUCUGCAGGUGAAUGUGUCUUGGGACACAGAGACGCCCCUGGAGGGGGACAUCCACUACCAGCGGGACGGCACCGGGCCCCUGCCGCCCUCCGCCUCCAAGGAGGCCUGCUCCGAGCUCUCUGGGCAGGGCAAGCCCAAGAUCACCGCAUGGGAGGCGGGAUGGAACGUCACCAACGCCAUCCAGGGGAUGUUUGUUUUGGGCCUGCCCUAUGCCAUCCUUCAUGGUGGAUACCUAGGACUCUUUUUAAUAAUUUUUGCCGCAGUGGUUUGCUGCUACACUGGGAAAAUCCUUAUUGCCUGUCUUUACGAAGAGAAUGAGGAUGGGGAGAUAGUCAGGGUGAGAGACUCCUACGUGGACAUCGCAAACGCAUGCUGCGCGCCUCGCUUCCCCACCCUUGGGGGCAGAAUUGUGAACGUGGCUCAGAUCAUUGAACUGGUCAUGACCUGCAUCCUCUAUGUGGUGGUCAGUGGGAAUCUGAUGUACAACAGCUUCCCCAACCUGCCCGUCUCCCAGAAAUCAUGGUCCAUCAUUGCCACGGCAGUGCUCCUGCCUUGUGCAUUCUUGAAGAACCUCAAGGCAGUCUCCAAGUUCAGCUUGCUCUGCACAUUAGCCCACUUUGUCAUCAACAUCUUGGUGAUUGCCUACUGCCUCUCCAGGGCACGCGACUGGGCCUGGGACAAAGUCAAGUUUUACAUUGAUGUAAAGAAAUUUCCCAUCUCUAUUGGCAUCAUUGUCUUCAGCUACACCUCUCAGAUCUUUCUGCCUUCCUUGGAGGGGAACAUGCAGAACCCCAAGGAGUUUCAUUGCAUGAUGAACUGGACUCACAUAGCAGCUUGCAUCCUUAAGGGACUCUUUGCCUUGGUCGCCUACCUGACGUGGGCUGAUGAGACCAAGGAGGUCAUUACAGACAACUUGCCAUCUACCAUUAGGGCAGUAGUCAACAUUUUCUUGGUGGCCAAAGCCUUGCUCUCGUAUCCCUUGCCAUUCUUCGCAGCUGUGGAAGUCCUGGAGCGGUCCCUUUUCCAAGAUGGAAACAGGGCUUUCUUCCCCAACUGCUAUGGGGGCGAUGGGCGGCUCAAAUCCUGGGGACUCACCCUCAGGUGUGCCCUGGUAGUUUUCACCCUGCUCAUGGCUAUCUAUGUCCCCCAUUUUGCCCUCCUGAUGGGUCUUACUGGAAGCCUGACAGGUGCAGGGCUCUGUUUCCUGCUCCCCAGUCUUUUCCAUCUCAAACUCUUGUGGAGGAAGCUCUUGUGGCACCAUGUCUUCUUUGAUGUUGCCAUUUUUGUUAUAGGUGGUAUCUGCAGUGUCUCUGGGUUCAUCCACUCUUUAGAAGGCCUCAUAGAGGCCUUCAGAACCAAUGCUGAAGACUGAGGAGGGGCCAGAGUUGGUGCAGUAAGAGAAUCGCAUCGAACAUCUGCAUAGCCAAAUAAUUCUGCAUCCCUUUAAUGGAAAGAGUCAUUAUUUUCGUUAUGUGCAUCCAAAAAAUUCUAUAUCAUAGAAUCUGCAAAUUAAAGGAAAUAAGACGAAAGUGCUCACCCUGAUGUCUUUUUAAAUAAGCUUGGAUUUAAAUAUAUUUUUUUGUUAUUUAGAUUUUUUAGAAGGAAAUUAUCUGGUGCCCCACUCCUAUCUCCUCACUCGUUGCCUGAAGCUUGGCUCCCCACAAAUGGCCAGUUGGGAAACAGUUGCAGUUUUCAAUACUCCUUACAGAUAUGCAAUUCAGUGUUUCAGGAGCUGAAACACAGGUGCCAAUCCCAUGGGAUUGGGUCACUGCGCUCACAAACGGAAGCAAACCCAUCGUGGGUGCUGGGAGCAGGGACCUUCAUUUUACACUUGGUGAGAUGGAUGUAGAUGAGACCCAGAUUGUAUGACCAGCCCAACAAGCCCAAGCAGCAGCUGACGACCAGCAAUGCCAAUUACCUGCAAUGUUUACACCGUUGUCACAUAGGUGUCAGGACUGCUUAAUUCUUCCAUCCAAACCCCUACCGAGGAAUGGAGCUUCCCAUCGACUAUAAUAUGUUGCCUCUGGUUGAAAUCGCAGCCCUGGAGUCCACUUCUCAGUGACUUUUGUUUUGUUUUAUUUUAACAAUCGUUAUUUCUAAAUUAUGAAAAGCUAAAAAAAAAAUACAUAUUGUUGGAUUUGACGUCGUUUCAGGAUACAGAACAAAACUAUGACACAAUUCAUUCUGUGCAAUCUACCAGAUCCGUGGAGCUGUUUCCAAUAUAUGUGUGGUGUCAUUGUGGUAAAUAAGAUGAAAAAUGUAUAUCAGAAAAAAAAAUCUAUCUUUAACAUAUAAUGUGGUACAUAAAUAUAUCGAAAAAUAAAGAGAAAACAUAGAUGAUGA